CUGACUUUAACCAGCAGGAUGCAGAGGUUGUGUGUCGAGAGCUGGGCUGUGGUUCUCUUGUGGAGGUUCUGGGAGCAGCUGCUUUUGGUAGAGGGGAGGGUCAGGUGUGGUCAGAGGAGCUUCAGUGUAGAGGCAGCGAAUCACAGAUUCACUUCUGUCCAUAAUCAUCUUCACUCAAACACAACUGCUCCCAUGAUAAUGAUGUGGGACUGGUGUGUGCUGACAGUGUGAGGUUGGUGGAUGGUGGCCAUCGCUGUGCUGGGAGAGUGGAGGUUUUUUAUAACAGAACAUGGAGAUCAGUGUGUGGUAAAAACUGGGAUAUAAGAGAUGCUGCAGUGGUGUGUAGAGAGCUGGGCUGUGGGCAGGCUGUAUUUAAAAAUGUUCAGUUUGGACCAAGAUCAGCCUGGAUGGAUGAUGUGAACUGUAGUGGAUCAGAGUCUUCAGUGAAGCACUGUAGAUCAGCUGGAUGGGUGGAACAAAUUUGUAAUCGACUUGCUGGAGUCAUCUGUUCAGGGGUCAGAUUGGUGGGCAGAUCUCGCUGCUCUGGGAGAGUGGAGGUUCUUCAUGGAGAGAGCUGGGUCACAGUGUGUGAUGCUGACUUUGACCAGCAGGGUGCAGAGGUUGUGUGUCGAGAGCUGGGCUGUGGUUCUCCUGUGGAGGUUCUGGGAGCAGCUGCUUUUGGUAGAGGGGAGGGUCAGGUGUGGUCAGAGGAGCUUCAGUGUAGAGGCAGCGAAUCACAGAUUCACUUCUGUCCAAAAUCAUCUUCACUCAAACACAACUGCUCCCAUGAAAAUGAUGUGGGACUGGCAUGUUCUGGUUCUUCUCUGGCGUCUCAUGAGGGAGGAGUGCGGUUGUCUGGAGGAAUGGAGUGUGAGGGGGAGGUGGAGGUGUUCUUCAGGCAGGACUGGAGGAGAGUUCUGCUGGACUCCUGGAGUGAGUCUGAGGCCUCUGUGGUCUGCAGACAGCUGGGCUGUGGUUCUGUACUCAACAUCUCCAGCUCCUCUUCAUCCAGUCCUGAACACAGCUACAUGUGUGUGACGGGUUUCAACUGCUCUGGGAGUGAAGCUCAUCUGAGGAACUGCAGCAGCUCACAAGCAGUUAACUGCAGCUCCACAGUACAGCUCUACAUCACCUGCUCUGGUACAUCUAACACAGUCCACAGCUCCAUCAGGCUGGUUGGUUCUGGGGGAGACUGUGCAGGAAGGCUGGAGGUUUUCCACAGUGGAUCAUGGGGGACAGUGAGUGAUGAAUUGUGGGAUAUUGAGGAUGCGCAGGUGGUCUGCAGACAGCUGCAGUGUGGAGUCGCCCUCAGUGCUCCAGUACCAGUACCAGCCCGGUUUGGAUCUGGAACUGGACCCAUUUGGCUGAAUGAGGUGGAGUGUGAGGGGAACGAGGUGUCUCUGUGGAACUGCAGAUAUCAGCUGUGUGGAGAGGAUGAAUGUGGACACAAGGAUGAUGUAGGAGUCGUGUGCUCAGAGAAUGGAAAUACACUAGAUUUGACAAAUUGGCUGUGUGAUUCAUCUCCUCAUGAGAGACCGUGCUCAAAUUCUCAACCACAGACAAGAAGAAUCAUACUUCCACAAACUCCUCCACCAGCUGUUCCCUCCAUCUAUCCAGUGUCUCUCCUGGUUCUGGGAUCUGUGCUCUUCCUGGCCUUAGUGCUUCUGGUUGUGCUGUUUUAUCAGAACAGAGUGCUCAGGAGAGUGAUCUCUAAGAGGAGGAAGACUUCAGCUGAGCCUGUCUAUGAGGAGAUUGACACCAGGCUCAUCCCUAAAAGAAUUACUGUCUCAACUGAAAAAAACAUGCUGGAGAUCUACGAUGAUGUCAUGGAGGUCACUGCUGGACACAUUGCGGCAGUGAAAGUGCCACCUACAUCUCUUCACUGGACAGGCUAUAUAUUUUUAGAGUCCAGCUGGUCUGAUCUACAGACAUGAAUAUCACGACAGUCCUUGUGAAAAGGAAGAAUACUUAAAUUAGGGUGGUGAGCUUCCUGAGGGCUUUGAGGAUAGUUAUCCUGGUGCGUGUCUUUCGUCUGGCCUCUCAGAAGAAAGAUCUGGAGAAGGUCACUAGAAGAAAGGUAUCUGAGAACAAAAGGCGGUAACAAAAAGGAUGGAUUUGAUUUGGAUCUCACCUAUGUCACAGGCACUCUACAGAAAUCCCAUAAAAGAAGCUGCCAUAUUUCUGGACACAAAGCAUCCCGAUCAUUACAGAGUUUACAAUCUCUGCAGUCAAAAAGGCUACGAUCCACUGUUCUUCCAUUACAGAGUGCAACGAGUGAUGAUUGACGACCAUAACGUACCGUCAUUAGACCAACCCACUCGUUAGGACUCCCCCUAUCACUAGUAAUGCCCCAACACACCAGGAGGAUGAAGACUAGCACACUCUUUCUCCGAUACAUGUGAAGUCAGCCACCGCUUCUUUUCGAGCUGCUGCUGAUGCAGCAUUGCCAAGCAGCCAGCACAUUUGGAGGAAAGCGCAGCGGCAGGUGAAGUGCGUAAUAUGGACAGUGUGCACUUUGCACUUGUGCAACUUUUUUUUAAAAACAGUUUGAUUUGUUUCUGCUAUAUUUUGAUUCAUAGCUUUAUAUAAAAUGAAAAUAACUUAUAACUAUAUUAUUUUCUUUAGCCCGAGGAACCUGAGGAAAGUGGUGGGAAAUCUCGAGCCAGUGACAUGUUGAACUACACUGCCAGUUUGAGGGAAUGUCAUUGCCAUCCACUGCAAAGGAGGCAAAGGGCGCACGGGUACGAUGGUGUGUACAUGGUUGAUUGACAGCGUUUAGUUUGAGAGUGCGCAGGUGUGGGAAAGGGCAAUGGCAGUGAUCUGAAGGUGCGGAUCAUAGUGAAAAGAGAGCAGGUGUUCCAGUGUGUCUGUGCCACGCAGACGAACUGUAGGCUGUUCCCAGAUACUGAAAACAAUGCCGUGGUGAUCAGCUUUCAGGAAGGGCCAGUGGUUUGUGGUGAUGUUAAGGUCAUGUUUGAAUCCAGGGCUGGUCUUCCAAAGGGGUAUGAGGACUAUCCUUUCUAUUUCUGGUUCAACACUUCAUUUGUAGAGAACAACAGGCUCUAUCUGUCAAGGGAGGAACUGGACAACCCACGUAAGUCCAAAACCUGGGACAUCUACAAGGAGGACUUUGCUGUGACCGUGUCUUUCAGUGACCCUGCAUUUAUGUAGCAGACGACACUUGCUUGUGUAUCUCAACUAAAACCCUUAAGCCCUGCACAAGGUCUAAAUCUUUGCUCUAAUGUAGGUUUUCACACACUUAUAAAAGGCGAGUGAUGUUUAGGGAUUGGAUUCGGGCAUAUUGUGCCCCUAAAGCUAUAGCUAUAGCUAUAUAACCUCAACUUUAUGUCCAUCCCCCAUCUUCACUGUAAGAGCUUUUUACUGAGCCGUGCAUACACCACAAUAUUAUGCAUUUGUUUGUCAAAUAUUUUUUUGUCUUUAAAUGAAGACAAAUGUUUGUGUCAGUUUAGCAUAUUAAGCCUCCAAAAUGUAAAUCUUACUCUUUAAGCUUGAGUGUACAUCAAAUAAAGCAAUCGAGGCUGCCACUGUGAAAUGGUCAAUGGUUAUGUGUGCAGAAACAUGUUUUUGUAGUACACAUGUAUUGAAAUAAAUACUAAUGUCUCUGUAA